GAAUAGGUAAAUCAGCUCUUUUCAGAGCUUAAUAGGUAUAGAUUGAUGUGCAAUAGUAGGAUAUAUUAAGGAACGGGAACAUCAAUAGGGCAAUAUAGAAGAAAUAAAGGAUUGCGAGGAGCCCCCGGGAGAGGGGCGGCGAGAGGAGAGAAGGGAAAGUAUAAGCUUGACACUGAGAGAGAAUGAGACACUAAAGAGGACAAUAAGGAGGCUCGAAGCAAGAUUAAACGUGGAAAUGAAUGAAGAAAGUAACAAAGGAAAAAGGCCAGCGACGGAAGACACGUUGGACCAAUUGAUGAUAGAUGCGACGAACACUGAGAAUGAGAACGAAGAAUGGAAAACUGUAGAAAGAAAAAAGAAGAAGGCAAGAAAACAAUUUUCACAGACUGAGAAGUGCGCGGGAGAAACUAACAACCCGAAUGGCUCGAAGACACGUGAUAUAGGAGAGGACCAAUCGGAAGAAGAAAUGGAAACGGAGGGGGAAGGAGACACGUUACCAACGGCGGGCUGUAACAAAGGCUCGCAGUCAGUAAGUAGUAGCGAAAUACAACAGACAAAUAAUAUGAACAAUAUGACAACGAGUAAUGAGCAAAGGAAGAGGGAAGCAUACGUGAGGGAGGAUGGUGUGCUUAAGCACAUUAGUGAGAUUGAUGUGUCUAAGGUUAGUAGGAGACUGGAAUUCGAAGAAAAUUUCAGAAGUAACUACAAAGUCACACUUAGGAUAAUGGAAAGAGCAGGCACAGCCAAAAAAGACGCGAACAGUGCUAUUAAGAAGAUUAACGAAGACAAAGAAAAAGACGGAUACAGAGCGGGAAUAGAAAACCGGGACACGUGCUUCAAAGGUGUUGUACCGUUAUACCUGGACUCAAUCAUGGACUUCUACGAUUUACUCACAAAACCAGAGGAUGUCGUAAGAAUAGAAAGAAUGAUGAGAAGAAGAUGGAACAAGGAGGAGAAUAAGGUAGAAUUCGAGCCGGUUGAUUCGGUGAUAAUUACUUUUAAGGGAAACCAGCCCAGGGACAAGAUAAGUUUCUUCAACGAUUUAGCCGUACUAAGAGUAAGAUCAUAUGUGGCCCCAGUAAUGCAAUGUUAUAAGUGCUUCAGAUACGGUCACAGAAAAAUACAUUGCAAGAGCGAAGAAUGUUGCAUCAACUGCGGUGAAAAAGCACACGGCCAUUGCGACAAACCAACAAAGUGUCGCAAUUGUGGAGAGGGACAUAAAUCUACAGACAGGAAAUGCGAUGUUUAUGAAAGAAACCAAAGGAUUAAAAAAGUGAUGGCAUACAAUAAUGCUUCGUAUAAAGAAGCCAUCGAAAUCCUGGAAGGUAGCGAGGAAGGUCCAACAGAGAUCUAUGACAGGUAUGAAAAACCAAAUAAUUGGCCACUUCUUAGCAGACCAGGACAGAGGGCGAAUCAGAGGCAGAAACCUCUGUAUAGAGAUGAAAUGAUAGGUAAAGAAAAUAACAGAAAAGGAAAAGGAAUGGAAGGGGAAACGGGAGGUGCAGAUGAUACAAGCAGCGAUGACCUACCAUACCUAACAAUUCCGGAUUCUUAAGACGGGAAAAGAAGAGGGAGGACGGGAGAAGAAGGACAAAGGUACCUGCUAUGAGGACCAAUUACUAUGCACAGUUCGACACGAGAGAGGGGGAAAUUACAAA